AUGCUCAACCGCGAGGCCUUGAUCGCGUCGCUGGUGAACAGUGAUGAUGAUGAUGAUGACGAGGAUUAUUUAAAUGUGGACCGGAGUCUGAAAGAUGCUCCCCACAAACCACAUAAUCGUCCGACCGGAUCGUCGACCGAUCAACUCAAGUUCUCCACCUCGGAUCACGUUCGAAAUGCGUGGAAUCAGCUGAAAUUCGGUUGGUCUCUACGCUAUUGGCCACAGUUUUCCAAAGACACUCCUGUUGUGUUUCUUGGUAGCUGGUAUUCUCCCGUAGACGGCAUCUUCAAUCAAUUCCCGAAAUACGUCAGUCCAACGGGAACUUUUUCAGAUUUCGCGGACGAUUUUUCCAGCCGUUUGUGGUUUAGCUAUCGGUGCAGUUUUGUCCCGUUGUGUACUGAUCCAUCGUCAUCUAUACUGCCAUCUUGUCCGAACAACGGCACCAGUAACAGCUGUAGCAACGGGAACACUCACGGGUCCGAUGCGAGUGUUAAACCUAUCCCCGCCACUCCUCCCAUUGCAUCCUGGGUCCAAUCUGAAAGGAGUUUGUCGGUUGACAAAGCAUCUAUGGUUCCCGCGAACUCGUCGACCGGAUGGUCUGAUUCGACCGAAAGUGAUACAGACUCUUCGCCCACACAAGACUGUCCACAUCCGGACCGGACUCCCGGCGGCUCCACCAGUCAGUCGCACACGGUAGGCUCUUCGUGGCAGGCACGAUUGAGAGCGCUGAAGCGAGUUGUCGCCUACGAACCUGUUGAUCGUGGCAUUCCAUUGUCCGUACAGACAUCCGACAGUGGUUGGGGCUGCAUGAUCCGCUCUGGUCAAAUGCUAUUAGCACAGGCUUUGAGUGUUCAUCUUCUCGGACGACACUGGCGAUUAUUCCAUCGGGGAAGCGUGCUUCUUUGCGUUUUCACGGCAACAUUCACUCCAACCAGUUUGUUCGAGGUCAUGACACAGAAGUUUCCUCAACAACGAAAUGCCCAUGGGGCCAACUUGCCCGGCCACAAAAUAAGGCAAAAGUAA